AUGGGCUUGGUUACAGAGGAAGUGAGAGCUAAGGCAGAGAUGUACACCGGAGAUGAGAUAUGCCAAGAGAAGACGAAGUGUUUCCUCAAGGAGAUAUCUAUGCCUAAUGGCUUAUUACCACUGAAGGACAUCGAAGAGGUUGGGUAUGACAGAGAGUCAGGCGUUGUAUGGCUGAAGCAGAAACAGAGCAUCACCCACAAGUUCCAAGAGAUCGACAAGCUUGUCUCCUAUGGAACCGAGGUCACUGCCGUGGUUGAGACCGGCAAGAUCAAGAAGCUCACUGGAGUCAAGGCCAAGGAGCUUCUUAUUUGGGUCACUAUCAAUGAGAUCUACACAGAGGACACAGGGAAGAUCACAUUCAAGACACCUACCACACUGUCCAGGACUUUCCCGGUCUCAGCUUUUGUAGUCCCUGAAGAUGUGGAACCUGCCAAGGAGAAGACCAGUGAAGCCACCGAGGUCAAGGAAGCUGUUGCAGUCAAGGAGGCCUAA